AUGUGGCUCAAGCUCCUCUUCCUCAGCCUCUACCUGCUGCUGCUGUUCGUGCUCGCUCGGCUGCUGGAGGCUGGGGCUGGGGGGGUGCUCGCCUCACAGCUGGUGGAUCCUGUCACUCUCAGUUACCACAAGCUCCGGACCAUCCUGGAGGCGCGGGGCCUGGCCUACUCCCGCCGCGCCCGCAAACAGGACGUCCAGGAGCUGGUGGAGAAGUCAGGUGAUUUGUCGCAGGCGGAGCUGUACUCUGCCGUAAAGAAGGAGAAGGAGCCUGAAGCAGACGGCGUCACUGACUUCAGUGGAGAGCUGCACUUCUACGAGUUGGUGGAGGACACUAAAGACGGGAUCUGGCUGGUUCAGGUGGUGGCUCAGGGCAGAGCGGCGCUGCUCGGUCAGUCCAGCUGGAGGACGAUGGUGAAGAGAGUUUCUCAGUUUGGCAUCAGAACUGGAAUAUUCAACUGCUCUAAUGAUUACAGGUGCUGUGAUGGUAUGCGUGUUUCCUGGUACAGGUCGUGUGCGCGCCGGGGCUGGCACCGCUCCACCCUCAUCAUGUCGGUGCCUCAGACCUCGGCGUCCAAAGGCAGGGUGGUGCUGAAGCAGUACAGCGGCGCCUCCACAGACGCGGAGCAGACGUGGCGCUGGCUCACGGAGCAGCUGUCUCAGCAGAUCCUGACUGUGAGCAGCUCUGAGCAGCUGCUGCACCAGUGGCACUCGGACCAGGACGUCAAGAUGUUCCUGUUCGCUCCUCUGCCGCAGCCGCCCGCCUUCUUCUCCUCGCUCUCCGUCAGGUUCACGGGUCGCAUCAAGUUCAUCUUUGUGAACGUCUGCUGCUGGAGGAACCACAGCCGCCUGGCCGAGAUCGGAGUCACGCGAAGUCCUGCGUACGUCCUGAAGACGCCUGAGGGGGUGUACUGGUACGGGAGCAGUCCUGGGGAGAUCCUGUCAGUUUCUGCUAUGGACACGUUCCUUCGAUCCAUUCAGCCUGAAGUCAACGAUGUGUUUGUGCUCAGUCUGCUGCUCAUCAACCUGCUGGCCUGGAUGGACCUCUUCAUCACUCAGGGAGCGACUGUCAAGCGCUUUGUGGUUCUGAUCCGAACACUCGGGACGUACAACUGCAUCCUCCUGGUGUCGUGGCUUCCAGUUCUGGCUCUCCUGCAGCUGCCGUACCUGGACUCCUUCUACAGCUACAGUCUGAAGCUGCUGCGAUACGCCGACACCACACGGAUGGUGUGUCUGGUGCGCGCAGACUGGACCUUCUACUCGUCUCACCCCACCCUCUUCCUGUCCACGUACUUGGCCCAUGGUUUAUUGGUGGAUUUCUUUGAGAAGAAGCGUCGCUGUAGCACGAGGAGCCAGGAGGAGGGCAGCACAAACCUGGAGUGGUUAGCGAGUCUGUGGGAAUGGUACAGCUCCUGCCUGCUCCCCAUCACCUCCCUGCACUCCGACUCCGAGUGGGACGAGGACACCAACUUCCUGUUUGAACGAUUAGCCUUUCCUGAUCUUUGGUUACGCCCUCUUACGCACACACUGCAGAGGACAGGAGCUCCGGCUCAGAGUCUGAGGACUACCCCCAGCUCUGUGAUUGAGCUGUUGAUGGGUCUCCCCUGUGGCCACGCCUUCCACGAGAGCUGCAUCGUGGUGUGGCUCGCAGAAGGUCAGCACUGCUGCCCCGUGUGUCGCUGGUGCAGCUACAAGAAGAAGAGGGCGACAACAGCUCCCUCCACUGUCCCCUCUGAGCCCCCCCUCUGUGGCCACCUGACCCCCCUGACCCACCUACCACCUGACCCACCUACCAUCUGA